AUGGAAGAUGCCCACUCGAUCAUUGUGCCGUUCGCCGGUGUGAGAGGACAAGGUUUCUUCGCAAUCUUCGACGGGCAUGCGGGAAAAGCAGCAGCAGAAUGGUGUGGACAGUUCUUUGCACCGAGUCUCGUGAAUGCACUGCGAAGAGACCCGGAGUCUCCCAUUCCAGACCUGCUCAACCAAACGUUCCACGACGUGGACUCGAAGCUAUCCAAGCUCUCAGAGGAGUCGGACGGCAAAAUGCACUCCGGAUGCACCGUGGUGACCGCGUUCCUCAGGCUGGAGGACGAACACGGAGGCCAGAGCUAUCUGCCCAGUGGGUUUGAGCUUCCCCCAGUGCAAGUCUCGGUCGGCGCCACAACGAGCUCGAAGGAAGAUGGCAAGAGCGACGACGACUCCAAAUCGAAGGGCACAACGAGUAAGCUCAUGAAUGCUAUCAAGAGCAUCGGUGGCACAUCUUCACCUUCCGGUUCGUCCUUGUCUGGUGACACAGUCUCUUCACCGCCCGCACCGUCGCCAUGCACGGAUAAUGCCGUCACUCCGCCGUCGAGCGUGCGACGGGUGCUCUACUGCGCGAAUGCAGGGGACGCCCGGGGCGUGCUCUGCCGCGCGGGCAAGGCAGUACGGCUCACGUACGACCACAAGGGAUCGGACAAGCAGGAGGCCAAGCGGAUCACGGAUGCUGGUGGGUUCGUCAUGAGCGGACGGGUGAACGGGGUGUUGGCAGUCACACGGAGUCUGGGCGACUCGUCGAUGAAGGAAUUCGUCGUGGGUUCACCGUACACCACGGAGACCGAGCUCAACGAGCAGGACGAGUUCCUGAUCUUGGCGUGCGACGGGCUUUGGGACGUGGUGAACGACCAAGGGGCCGUGGACCUUGCGCGCUCGAUAGUGGAUCCCCGGAAAGCGGCAGAGGAGCUGCUCAACUACGCAUAUAGCAACUAUUCGACGGACAAUGUCACUGUACUUGUCGUGCGCUUCCGCGAGCCCCCAGCAGGCGUGGCGAAGGAGUGA